AUUCAACAGCGCGGAACCCAGAGUCCGUGUUUGAGCUGGGGAGAAAGUUACAAGGCAAUAAACCUCAAAGCUGAAGUGGAAACAUGCAGCAGCUCCUCCUAUUCACCCUCAGCCUGUUGCCAUGGAUGCCAGCUUCAAACUGUGAGGUCACUCUCCACGGCGAGUAUUCAGCGCUGGAGGGGCGAUCCCUCACCAUCCCCUGUCACUACCAGCCCCAAUAUGCCAGAAACGUGAAAUACUGGUGUCAGGGGAAAACCAGGGAGUUCUGCACCUCCUUGGCUCGGACUGAUGGCGCUCGCAGCAUCAAUCCAGCCGUGGAGAAAGUGAGCAUCUUCGACGACCCGGUCCAGCAGGUGUCAACCGUGACCAUGAACCACCUGAAGGAAGGGGACUCCGGUUGGUACAUGUGCGGCGUGGAGAUCGGCAGCAUGUGGAAGGCUGACGAUGUCGCCUACACCUACAUUAAAGUCAUUCAUGGUUUGUCAGCUGUAAAAACCCAAGUGAGCGGGGAGGAGGGGAGCAGCGUCACAGUCAAGUGCCUCUACAGUGAGAGAUUAAGAGACAGCGAGAAGACGUGGUGUCGGAGCGGAGACCCGGGAUCCUGCCGAUCAACGGGGUCUGAGGGGAGCUACGAAGACUCCUCCGUGGCCAUCAGAGAUGACAGAAUCGGGGCUUUCACCGUCACCUUUAAAAAGCUGCAGACCGGAGAUACGGCGUGGUACUGGUGCUCUGCAGGGCAGGAGAAGGCAUCUGUGCAAAUCCUGGUCACGCCACGACCCACCACCACAGCCACUUCUAAAUCGACCCCACCCAUGACAAAAGUGCCUCAACCUCACGCUGAUUCUAAGGACUCUAAGGAGACCAGGAACGGUCACAAUCACCUGUUGGCGAUAAUGGUGGUGUGUUUAUGUAUCAUCAUACUUGGGGUUGUGGUCAUGGCGGCCAGGAAGUUAUGGAACUAUUACAGAAAAGAUUCUGUCCUGAGAGAGGUUGCAAAGAUGAAAGCUAAAUACAACGGAUACUCGGUGGAUGUGGAUGACUUGCAAAGUGUUGCUGUUGUUUUCCUCAACAAGAAUUCAGAAGAAGUGCACUCUUAAUGAUACAAGUCUGUGCGUCACUUCCUUCUGAUCACUUAAAUUAAUGUCAUUUUGGGGUUUUAAGUUUACACAACAUCCAUUAUUUUGCACUUGCUUUGUUUGAAAACGGCAAAUGUAAUAUUUUUUACAGAUAUUUAAAAACUAACCCCAAAUAACCAUUCAUGUCAUAUUUGAUUCAUGCAUGUCUGAGACCCAUUAUAUCAUUAGCAUGAUCUAAACUUUCUAUGAAAACCCAUCGAAUAGAACUUGUUCCAUGUUUUCUGCCCUGUAGUUCAUCCUUAUUCCACUAGGGGCAGAAGAAGGGCUUAUUUCAAAAUGGCUGCUUCCGUUAGACUUUUGGCGGGAAAAAGUUGAGCUAAUUUUCUAAACCUUAUUGUGAGAAUAAUUCAUCUAUUGUUUUUCUUUUUUUUACUGACUACUUGCUGCACUGAAAAACACAUGUUUUUAUUAUUAAAUCUUUAUAAUACAGUUAUACCAAAUUAAAAAUGUGUUGAUCAAAUUUGAGUCAGUGGGUAAUAAGGUGCUUUUUUUUUUUUUUUGCUGACAGACCUGCACUUAGGUCGCAGCGCUUUGCCAUUUUAGGAUAUGUGACCUUUGUCUUAAAAUACUUUUUCAUUCCAAAAUGAUUUGAAUUUCCUGGAAAUUUUUUUGAUGUAGUGAGGUUUACAGGAAUAACUGUUAUUUUAACCAUUUUACCUAAAUAAAAAAAGGGACAUGACAUUAAUUGGAUGCAUGGAAAUUAUAAUAAACAUAAAAUGUAUGAUUUCAUUUUCUCAUAAAAGCAAACAUAUCGAUAAAAAAUAAUAAAUAGUAAAUACACAUAAAAAUGUAUUGUUCCAACACUGUUUGUGAUAUUGUUUUUUAAAUACUUGUUAAACAAAGCCUUUUCAAAAGCAUUAUUUAUUUUAUUAUUUGGUUCAUUUCUGUCAGAUUUAAGUAAUUUGAACUCUGAGGAUUUUUUUUAAUAAUAAUUUUAUCUACAUAUGUUUGGAAAGAAAUUUGUUUAUCAAUAUCAAACUUUUUUUUCUAUGCUAUGCAGAUACAUUGUGCCUGGUCAAAGAUAUGCAAUGAGAAUUUAUAAGGGAUUUUUUUUAGCAAAUUAAUAGAAAAGAAAGAGAUGAUAAAGUAUGUUAAAUAAAGUAUGAAUGAAUGAAACAGUCAUUAUUUUUAAAGCCAAGAUGUCAAAACAAACACGUGAAAUGUUAUAAUUUUGUAUGUAUAUAUGUAUGGAUGGAUGAUUUUUUUUUUAUAAGGAAUGUCAACUAUUGAUUUUCCAAUUCAUUAAAAUUUUGAUUUACACUGAGUGAAUUAUUUUUGAACUUGCGGUUUAACUUCACUGUUAGUUUUUUAUCUGCUUUUAAAACAAAAUGUAUUGGACAAGGAGCAUCACUGGUCAGCAUGAAAAAACUGCUUUCAAUUACUUUGGGUAAAAAAAAAAACAAAAAAAAA